AUGUCGGAACGCAAAGUGAUUAACAAAUAUAUCCCGCCAGACUUUGACCCAAACAAGUCAACCAGGCGCAAAGGCGGCGGCGGAGGCCAAAAGUCUGUGCGUCUCAUGGCGCCAUAUAGCAUGCGAUGCAACCGGUGCGGCGAAUUUAUUUAUCGAGGCAAAAAGUUCAACGCGCGCAAAGAGGUAGUGCGAGACCAGGACUACUAUGGUAUCAAGAUCUUUCGCUUCUACAUCAAGUGCCCACGGUGCAGCUCGGAAAUAACUUUCAAAACCGAUCCAAAAAAUACAGACUAUGCCGCUGAGCACGGCGCAACGCGCAACUUUGAGCCGUGGCACGACGACGAUGCAAAGCAAGGGGACGCAAAGCUCAUCGUGGACGAUAAAGUGGAGGAGGAGCUUGAUCCGAUGAAAGCGCUUGAAAAAAGACAGACUGAGACGCAGCGUGAAAUGGAGAUUCACGAUGCAUUGCAGGAUAUCCGAACUCGGAAUGCACGCCUGGAGCGUGUCGAUCCUGAUACUGUGCUCGAACAGGUCGGACAAAAGCGCAAGGCAUUGCAGGAUUCAGUGCCAGUGCAGCGAGCCGAGGAGGAGGAGCAAGACGAAGAGCUCGUGCGUCGGUUCUUCCCGAAAGAACAUGUGCAGAAACCGCCAACGGAGUUAAACAACGACGAAGUGGUGCCGGACGCGACAAGCCUCCUAAACGACACAACCCGGCAUCAACUUCAGGCAAUGGCGAAGCCAAAGCCUACGCCGCGAAAACGGCGGGGGCCAAACGCACUUGGCCUUGUGCGCAAGUAA